AUGGCGCGCUCUUGCCGCGAAGUGUAAAGCAAGCACUAGAGAAGGGAGUCAUUCGGCGGGAUCAUGUCAUCUUCUAGGAAGAGAAAGAGACAAACUGACGAUAGCUUUCGUCAAAGCUUUAUGGAGCUGAGGGACGCUGGAGUGCCAGACACGGGGCCAAAGCGGCCCAGGGACAAGAAGAUCGUCUCCCUGACCCCAGCCUCAGUCACCAGAGCCAGGAUGGAACCCAGAGCCAGUGGUGGGAAGAGCAGAGAGAGACGGGGGAGGAGGGGAGGAAGGGGAAGGGGAAGGGCUUCUCCAAGAGGUGAGAUAAGGAUACGAACAGCGAGUUCUCCAAUUGGACCGACACCACGGACACAGCUCAGAAACGACAUUAGAGACCUGAUCAACAGUGCUGUGGAGCUGGGGGACGUGAUGCCUGCUCCCCCCAGGACAGUUCUGACCCCCUACCAGCCCACUCCCGGGCCUAGCUCCAGAGGAGAUGGUCCCACCACAGCAGUCAGCAACGCAACGCAAUCAACAUCUACAACUGUUGAUACAGAGAUGGAGGUACAAAGAGGGUGAGCUGUUCCUAUAUUUCCCCUUUCGAUCCUCAUCAUAAACCUCUGUGUAGGGCCCAAAUGGACAGCGAGACAGAAUCUCAUGCUCCUCCUCUAGCCUCUGUGUCAUUGGCUGACAUUGUAGAGGAGACACCUACUCAGGAAUCUAGGGUGCUACGGAGUGCCCUGAAGGGUGUUCACUCACUUUCGUCACUCCAGAAGAAGAGCUUGCUCUCGCAGACUCCGCACACCGUCUCUUUCGGAGAUAACAUCACUGUGGCCGAGUACAGUCCAGAGAUUAGUGGGCGUGGCUCCGACUUCUCUCUCGGGUCCUCGACCUCUUCCUCUGUAUCCACCACUCCAUCUCCUCUCCCCUCCAGACCCCAUGUACCUCCUGAUGCUGCUGGCGAUGUCUCUGAGCCAAGAGAGCCUCUAGAACAAUUGGAAGAUGACGACAGCAUGGCAGAGAGAGAGGAGGAGGAGGAGGAGGAGGAGGAUGAAGAGGAGGGGGAAGAGGAAGAGGAAGAAGAUGGGGUGAAUGUGAAAAUGCAGACACCUCACUUGUUACCGAGACCUCCUAGCCCAACUUCAAGACAGGGAACUAGCCAGCAGAGUAGAGGGAGACGGAAGGGUGCAAGUAAAAAGACAAGAAAACCGAAAAGCGGCUCUCCAGCAGAAAAGACCUUGUAUAUGAUCUCGUUUCACAGAGUCCAUCCCAAACCACUGAAGACCCUGUCUCGUGCCCUGAUCAAAAACCUGUUCAUGCUGUCAGGAAAGAGGAGAGCAACAUCCGACGCAGCGGCUAUGGUCUUGAAAUUUUCUGAAGUGUAUCUGAAGCGAUGCUCCAAUGAUCUAGCAGAAUAUGCCAGCCACGCAGGCAGAAAGACGCUGGAAGUGGAUGACGUCAUUCUGCUCAUGAAAAGACAGAGGUUUAUCACAGAGUCGGAGAGCUUCGAGUAUCUGGUGAACACCCACCUACCACUGGAGUACGUGGAGGAACUGCUGCCUUGUGCCGUGGCCGGCAAAAAGAUUGUUCCAACUCGUGUGAAAUGACUUUGUUUUUUAGCUCACACACACGAAUGCACAUGAACGUACUCAUCGUCAUCAGUAUGACAUUGUUAUGUUGGCGGGCGGAAAG